GGCGGGUAUAUGGAUAUUGCAGCUACAUUUUAUAAGAAAAGUGAUUCCAUUUACAAAUGAAUGUAUCUACUCAACUAAAUCCACACGGCCAUCCAAAUUGUUUGAACAAAUGAAAGUCUCUUGAUGUAAGCGGCAAUACCAGGUAUCUCCCACACAUAAUCUUGCAAUAGAUCCCAACAAUCAUCAAUGUCAUCGGUAGACAUUCCAAGAGAAGCUCCAAGAAAAUUCGUGAUGGGCGGAGGCAAGGCGGAGGGCAGAAUUGAUGAGUUAUUUCGAGGGAUCGGUUGUGGUUGGAGGAUGUCGCGUUUGAGGUGGCUGGCAACUUGGCAUGUGAAUAUCACAACACCAUCUACGGUAAGGUUUCAAAAUACAGGGUGCACCUUGAGCUUGUCGAGGGCGUUGGAGGCGGGUAGCAUUGGCGGUAAUGUGAUGCGGAUGAGCGCGCACGAUACAGGCGUUUCAACGCGUUGUGUGGCGGGUCACGUUUUUUUGUCACGGAAAGUGCCGCCGUAA